GCUGAUUGUCUUGAGAUUUUUGAGUCACCGUUUUGCCUUGUUUACAUGUAAUGUAAUUUUGCCAGAAAAUCUGAAUUGAUUUCAUUUUAAACUCAAGUGGCAUAAUGUUAUUCUGUCGUUUACUUAGUCUUAAAUUUGUCUAAGUUGUUUUCGUUAAGAUUAAUAAUUCAAUAAGACGACAAUUGACCUACUAAGAUGUCGGAUCGUCGUGGCACAAAAAUUGGAACUGGUACAAAGGCUCUGGAGUACUGGUGCCGAGUUAAUACCCAAGGAUACAAUGGAGUUAAGGUGGAGAAUAUGACGACUUCGUGGCGGGACGGUCUGGCCUUCUGCGCAAUCAUCCAUCACUUUCGACCAGACCUUAUAGAUUUCGACAGUUUAAAGGCUGCCGAUAUUUAUGAGAACAACGAUUUGGCCUUUACCACGGCCGAGAAAUACUUGGGCAUUCCUGCGCUCCUUGAUGCAGCUGACAUGGUUUCGUAUGAAGUUCCCGACAGACUAUCCAUUCUAACGUAUCUAUCCCAGUUUUACAAGGUGCUCGGCAAGAGCCUUAAGCAUCCGAAGCCAGAGGAGAAGUUCUGUGAGGAAAGUGAGCCGCCGCAAAAGAUGAUGCACAUUGUGGGAAUGCCCAGACGUGAUAAGUGUCAAAAAUGCGAGCUUCCCGUUUUUCUAGCCGAGAGGGUUCUCGUCGGUAAACGGGCUUAUCACCGCACUUGUCUGAAGUGCGCCAGAUGUUCCUCAUUACUCACUCCCGGGAGUUUUUAUGAAACAGAGGUCAAUAAUAUAUACUGUUGCGAGACUUGCCCCGAUGAAGAAAGCGAACCCGAAUCUGACAUUGUUAAACUAAAGGCAGCCAACGAAAGCGAACCUGAAUCUGACAUUGUUGAACUGAAGACAGCCAAUAUGGAUACUACUGGCGAUCAACAACUUGUUGCAGAAAGUUCUGGUAACUCUAGUGUUCAUCAAGUAGACGUGGAAGACAAUAAUAGUGCCUCGUUAAGUAUAACUGAAAUGAGUUCAAUCAGUAAAAUGCCGUCCAAUAUAGAUGAACAAAAUGAAGAUGAUAAACCUAAAGCAACUGAGCAAAAUGAUCAACUUGAAGUUGAUCUUGUAAAGCCUAUUUUACCAAACGUGCCUAAUAUUUCUACGGUGCCUCUAGACGAGGAAGAUGGUGGUAUCCUUGAUGAAAAUAUGGAACUUAUAGUUGAUCAUGUAAAGCCUGUUUUACCUGAAGAACGUAAGAUCUCUACUGUUUCACUAGACAUUGAAGAUAGCCGUCCUCUUGUAAAAGCAAUACCCUUGGAGAAACUUGAUGAACAAGAAGUGAUAAGCCCGACCAAUACAUCAGAUAUACACAUUCCAGAGCCACAUGAAGCACCUAUUCCAGAAAAUAACACUCAAGAAGCCAUUAAACCUGAAAACAAUAUAAGCUGCAAUACGGAAAAUGAAAUUUUCUCAAAAACAGAAAGCUGCUCAAAGCAGGAAGGUGAUGUCAAAAUCUCGCAAGAAAAAAAUCUCGAGUCUCCCAAGGAGAAUAUUAGUGAGACAAAAGUAACUGAAACUGAGUAUCCAGAGGACUUAAAUCCCUUUAAAGAUGAUGACUCGUGCAAAGGUGCAAAUCCCUUCGACAGCUCCGACGAUGAAGUGGAGCUUCUUAAAUCCAUUCCAGCCCAAGGCAAAACCAUUAUUUCAAAAAGAGAUAAAGUCGUACCACCCCGUCCACCUCCACCUAAAAUAGGCCCAGCCUUAAAUAAACCAUCAGAGGAUCAACAUUCCAGUCCCACACUUUCGCAAGGGAAAAAAAUGCCGAUGCCUACACCUAGAAUAUCUAUAUCGAAACCCCAGACUCCUGCAAAAUGGACGACUCAAGACCGAAAAACUAACUGUAAUAUUUCCUCGUCGUCUUCGGAGCACUUGGACAGCAUGAGAGCAUUUGACCGUGGAGCAGAUGACCGUGGCUCAAGUAUCUCUUUGCCAACUGCUAAUGCGCCGCGCAAGCCACUUCGGGCCUCAGGGGCGACUCCAUCAAAAGGCGAAGACUUAAGUCCCACUACCAGUCUCAGCUCUAUUACAUCUCCAAUGCGGAAGAAGCGCCAAGCACCAUUGCCUCCGAAGCCGGCCAACUUGGAAAGUGAUCCUGGAUUUUCGAAGUUGUCAGACGAACAAAAGGUCCGAAGAUUAAUUCCUCUUGACCAGAGCUUGCUUUCUGAUGAAACAGCAGAGUCAAGUAAUUACGACGACAGCCUAAACACUUCAAAUGCAGACGAAGAGGUAAACGUGGUAUAUAGACGCAUUUUGGUUCCACCAACUCAGCCCGAAAACAUAGGCAAAGAGGAUCAUAAGACCCCGAUCGUUUAUAACGAUUUUGAUAGAAACGUAAGCCCCUUAGGAUUCAAUAAAUCAACCCAUGGCAAAUGGAAAAGGCGGAAGGGGCCAGCACCUGCGGUUCCUAUACCACCCCGUAAAGUAUUACAACGUCUCCCGCUGCAAGAAAUUCGCCAUGAGUUCGAAAUUAUUGCCGUACAACAGCUGGGUCUCGAAAAGCAAGGUGUUAUUCUUGAAAAAAUGAUAAGGGAUCGUUGUGAGCGGUCUUUGGAUGCCACAGAAGCUGAUGGUGCCGAAUCAAUAGACUCUGAAAUAACCAACUCCAAGGAGGUGGAAGAUCUUAUAUUGCAAUUGUUUGAGCUGGUUAACGAAAAAAACGAAUUGUUCCGGAGGCAAGCAGAGCUAAUGUACCUUCGACGACAACAUCGUUUGGAACAGGAGCAAGCUGAUAUUGAACAUGAAAUUCGAGUAUUAAUGGGUCAACCGGAGCAAAACAAAACCGACUCAGAUAAGGCCCAUGAGGAAGUAUUAAUCAAUCGCCUUGUGAAGGUUGUUGAGAUGCGCAACGAAGUAAUUGAUAGCCUAGAGACUGAUAGAGUUCGAGAGGCUCGGGAGGAUAUGAGCAUUAAGAACCGACUUCAUAUUUACAAUUCUGAGCGCGAGGAACCAGCAGACCCAAAAAGCGCGGACAAGUCAUCCAAGAAACUGUCGAAAAAGGAACGAAAGAAACUUAAAGAAGAAAAUAAAUUGGGUAAGGGGAAAAAAUCGGACCUCGAUAAGGACGUAGACGAGUCUGAGCCGGCACCAGCUUUGGAAAAGGUUAAAAAGAAACGAAACUUGUUUUUUUUGAAAAUGUAAAAAAGUAGGGAGCAAGAUUCUAUGCGUCGAACAAUUAAAUUUUAUUUUAUGUAAAUUUGUAACCUAUUAAGUUUUUCUAUUGCCAUAGAUGAGCAUUUCAAUAAAUACAAGAUCACCUUAUA